CCGUAAAUGGCAAAAUAUUGAAUAUUAUUAACUAUUUAUAUAUUUUAAUGCACAUCUUGUUUAUGUUACUUUACAUAAUGCGAUAUUUUUUACAGUUCGGUAUCAUUAUCAUUUCGUUUUGUUUUAUUAUUGUUAUUAUUAUUAUCGUUAUUACUACUCGUAGUUUAGUUUACGUAAGUAGGUAACUACUUAUAAUUUUAUUAUUCACAUGUAUCGCUAAAGUAGGAAAGGUACAAAUCUUGUGACCCAUACUUUGCCUUGGAUCAUUAAGAAUGAUACAAAAUUAUAGUUUCUAAUUUGCUGGAUAUUGAGAGAAAAUUAAUCAAAUGAUGAAAGAUUUAGGCAGAUGAAGUGAUCAUUCGAUCGAUUAUAUUAUUUUUAGCCUUCUUGUUCGGUAUCUAAUUGUCUAUAGUAAGAGUAAUACAAUGUUUGCACCUUUUCUUCAUCAAUGUUACCUUUUUUCGCGUAACUUUGGUAAAUAUUGCAUAAGUUUCGCUCAGUGUUGAAAAUUUUCAAAUUAUUUGAGGAAAAAACUCGAAUAUUCUGGUCGACAGACGCAUUCGUAUGUGUCCAAAAAUAGUUAACUCGAAAUUAAAAUCCAAAACCAAAACCAAAAAAAAAAAACGAUAAUGAUAAUAACAAUAAUGACGAACGAGUAUUGAUAAUGAUAAUUCAGAACGACUUGAUUUUUCCUUUCUUAUUCGAUGACUAACUACGUAGAUUGGUUACUUGAUGGAAAAAAAAUGAAUAAAUAAAGGAAUCGAAUCACGUAAUAUACUGAAUUAGGUACAUAUUUUAUGGAAUAUACCUAAAUACAUGUAUCUGCUGAAUAGGGCUACAGUCAAAGUGUGAUGAAUUUUUUUGCUACCUACGUUUUCGCCUUGUUCAGUUGUUCGACAAAUAAACGAUAGAAUGGAUCUGGGAGAGUGUCCUAAAAUUCACGAUCUGGCGUUGAGAGCAGACUACGCUAAUGCGAGUAAAGAACGCGAUUAUUUUUACGAUAUUGAUGCAACAGAACAUUUACAAGCAUUCAUUGCGGAUUGUGAUCGUCGCACCGAGUCAGCCAAACAGAGAUUAUUAGAAACGCAAGAAGAGUUAUCUGCCGAAGUGGCAGAAAAGGCUAACAAUGUACACGAAUUAGCCGAGCAAAUUGGAGCGAAAUUAGCCCGAGCUGAACAACUGGGCGCUGAUGGAUUUGUCGAAGAGAGUAUGAAAUUAAUGGGAGAAAUUGACGAAUCACGUAAAAAGAAGGCCGAAGCUGAAGAAGUGUAUCGUAAUUCGAUGCCGGCCAGUAGUUAUCAACAGCAGAAACUUCGAGUAUGCGAAGUGUGUUCGGCGUAUUUGGGCAUUCACGAUAAUGAUCGUCGACUUGCCGACCAUUUUGGAGGAAAAUUACAUUUAGGUUUUAUUAAAAUACGUGAAAAAUUGGCCGAAUUGGAGAAAAAUGUGGAAGCUCGUAAAGAUGCCAGAAGAGAUCUCGAAAGAACCCGUUACGAUAAAAGGGCGCCUCGUAACAACGAUCGUGAAAGAGAACGUGACCGUUAUGUCGAUAGAGGUGAUCGUGUGGAGCGAUACGAUCGAAAUGACCGAAACGAUCGUAAUGAUAGGAAUAGGGUGGAUAGAAGAGAUAAGGAUAAGUAUCGCAAAGAACGAUACCGUUCGAGAAGCAGAUCUCCAAAUCGUUAUAGAUCCAGGAGAUCGCGGAGUAACAGUCGAUCAGCAAAAUCAAGAUCGACGUCAAGAGAUAGAAAACGUGUAAGAAGGUCGCAUUCUAGAGAGAAGAGGCGUGAUAAAAGAUAAUAAACGGUAAAGUUUAAUCGUUGUUUUUUUUUAUAAUUUUUGUGUGUCGAUUAUUCAUUGUAAUUAUCGUAUGCAUCGGUAGUUCAUAAUUUUGAUUCGGGUAGUGAUUUUUUUUCGGGCAGAAUUUUCACUCAUUUUUCAGUUUAUUUGUACUUGUGUACUUGUCUAAUGUAUUUCUUGUACCUUUUUUUCUCUUCUUCGCCGCCUGUUUGUCAUUUCUUUUUUUUUCACGUUCAGAAUACAUGUAAUAUUUCGAUUGUAGAAACUACGAAUAAAAUGAUUCCUUCA